UGGGCUUCAAAAUUGAAGUUGGAGCGAGCGAGACCAUUUCAUCAAUUUUCUAUAGCGUUGCUGCAGACAACCUCAAUAUUCAUGUAUUGACAUUGAAGUAAAAUGUGAUUAUACGUGGCAGCUGAGUCAUGACUCGUUGCCUUCGCCUGAAGUUCAGUUUGGUUCAACGUUUGUGACGCUAAUCACUUCGUUCAUUAACGUGCACUUCCGGGUGUUAACAAUGAGGGGUGACACCCCGCUCAAAGCACCUCGAACUCGGCUACACGCUAGGAAGAGACGUCAAACAGGCCGAGUUUAUGAAACACUUCCUGAAGAGGAGGACCCGGAUGUGAGGAACACGAGAGUUGCUGGUCAAACAUUUUCUUUUCAUGUGAUCUCCGAGCCCUGGCCAUGUCCUCCAUCGCUGCAGUCGUCCAGCCAAAACAUCAGAAAAGUUCAUCAAAAUCUGCUCCUGGCAGCGACACCAGAGGGCGCCACAACUCAGAACAUGGACUCAAGUUUCAGCUCAGAUGAUGAUGAGGAUGAUGAGGAUGAUGAGGAUGAUGAGGAUGAUGACGACGACUACUACUCCUCAACCAGCAGCAGUGUUCCCUCUCCAGAGAUCUUCAGACAGGAGCACUACGCGGCAGGCGCCUUUCAUUUCCCCGUCGAGGACGAUGUGCUGGAUCUCUACGAGCAGGUGAAGAACUCCACCUUGCUGAGCGCUGCCCACGCCGCCAGCAUCCACAGACACCGCCCCCCCAACCUGUCCACCAUCCUGGAUGACUCCAAAGGGCUGUCUGACACAAACUGCCAGAUCAGGGUCCCAGCUGACUUGGGACAGGAACUGGGGUACGGACUCGACUGGUCGCCUUCCAAUCACAGAGAUGGCGGAGGGACUGUGGAGGCACCAUUUGGCGUCCAAUCUGCCGACAAGUCUUUGAAGAGGAAGUCACCCGAUGUAAGCUACAAACAUGGAAUCGUGUCUUCAUUUAAACGACACGCCGAUCAAGCGUCAUCUCCUCAGCCGUCGUCCAUCAGGAGGAACAUCAAGUGCAGGAAGGUGGUACGCUUCAAAAGCCCCAUGGUGGCUGAGGGGAGCAGCCCAAUGCCGGCAGAGGAACAUUCCGGGCCGGAGUCAGCCAGGUUCUUUGACUUGCCCAGCCAUUCCGACAUGGAGGAGUUCUUCCGCGGAGCCGAGGAGCGAUGUACUCAACUCGCAGGGGUGCCUUUGCUUCCUCUCACGGUUGCACCGAAGCAGACGUAGGCAAAGAAGUGACUGCAUAAUAUCCUGUCGCACGCCUUGCAUGGAAACAGGGUGUUUGGAAACAGCCAUCAAUGCAACAGACCACAGGCCAGUGGUCCUGUCAUGAAAAGGGGACACACACACUAAUGAAUGCUACAAUACACUUCAGUCAUACAAACGCCUUACGUUGCAUGGCUUGGAACAAAGGUGCGUACUGCUGAAUGACCACUAGAUGUCAGACUUUUCCCAAUUCUCGACCAGACUUCUUUUCAAACUGUAUGUGUAUAUAGUUUAAGUUGCAUUCAGUAGAAACGUAAUGUAAAAUGUCGUCUUUGUGUUAUACAAGUCUCUUGUCUCUGCCAAAAAAUUUGUCAAAUAAAUGUUU